CCUUUUAAACCCUAAAACCCUAAAUCUCUGCUUCCUUGUCUCCUUAAACCCUACGAGCCCCCGCCAUUUCCCUCCUCCCUCUCUUCUCUGCAGCUCAGAAAUGGCGUUCGCCUCGAUUCUCCGCAAGUCCGCCUCUUCGUUCGCCCCUCUGGCUUUCCGUGCUCUUCGUAGCCAGAGAAACUAUCACUCCGCUAUCUUCACUGCCCUUAACAAGUCGGGAUUUCCGGCGUCGAAGGCUUCUCUGAGUCCAUUUCCGCAGACUCAUCGCUACUCUACCAAGUCUGAUGAGUCGCUUCUACAUGUCAUUGAGGGGGAGAUCCAGUGCGCAGAGGAAUCCGAUGACCACAACCAGGUUGAGGCGAUUCCGAGUGGCUUUCCUUUUGAGGUCGAAGACAAGCCCGGGUACCAAACUAUCACACUGAGAAGAGAGUAUCAGGGUGAAGAGAUAACGGUGGAAGUCAGCAUGCCUGACCUUGUUACUGGUGAAGAGGAUGAUGACGAUGACAGUGAGAAGGCAAAUCAGUCUAGCAUUCCCCUGGUCGUGAAUAUUGCCAAGGGUGAUGGCCCCAGUCUAGAAUUCGGCUGCACUGCUUACCCCGACGAAAUUGUCAUCGAUGGCUUGUCAGUUAAGAGCCCUGAAAGCUCUGAGGAUCAAAUAGCAUAUGAGGGGCCUGAUUUCCAGGACUUGGAUGAAAACUUGCAGAAGGCUUUCCAUAAGUACUUGGAAAUCAGAGGGAUCAAGCCCAGCACGACCAACUUUUUGCACGAGUACAUGAUCAACAAAGACAGUAGAGAGUAUUUGAUGUGGUUGCAGAACCUGAAGAAGUUUGUCAAAGCGUAAUCUUGUUCGUGCUCUCUCCUCUUUUUCCCCUAAGGAGACGGGAGGAUCUUUAGCUUUUGCAUGAUUGAUUAGCAACUUCUUUGAUAGAAUUGUAGCAUCGAGAUGCGCGGGUACUAUGAAUUGCUUACUCGGGGAAUAGCUUAAUAUCAUUUUGAGGGAAGCUGGUGCUUCCAUUAAAAUUUUUAGCUCUUAUUAUUUGAAAUUUUGUAUGCUUAUUCCGUGGAUCCUGGGCGUGCUACGAAGAAGUAAGGUUCAUCCGAAA